AUAAAUUAUUCUCUCUUUUUGUAUGAGAGUGUGAAUGUGACAGUGAAGAUUUCAGUACAUUCAGUGAACAUUGUGUAAUAAUAUUGGCCAAUUUGUCUUGAUAUAAUGCGAAAACAGAAAAAAUUUGUGUUUAUUUGGAUAUUAUUGUGCAUUUAGUAAAAAUUGGUGUUUUACCAUCAUGAAAAUCAAAGAGCUACAAAAAACCGUGAAUAUUGCCUGGUCACCGGCCCAAUUAAAUGAAUUAUUUUUGGCCGCUGGUACAGCUGCUCAGCAAAUCGACACGUCACUUAAUUCGAAUUCAACGCUUGAAUUGUACGAAAUCGAUUUGACCGAUCCGGGCUUUGAUUUAAAUUUGAAAGCAUCACAAAAUAGCCAGUACAGAUUUCAAAAGAUCGUAUGGAGCCCGUUGAGAAAUCAAGGCAGUGCCAGCGGAAUAAUCGCAACCGGUUGUGAAAGUGGACAUUUACAAUUGUACAGCGCAUCGAAAUUGUUGGCUGGUGAAGAUGCGUUGGUUGCAUCGCAAGACAAACACACUGGUGUGGUUCGUGCAUUAGAUUAUAAUCCAUUUCAAGUGAAUUUACUGGCAUCCGGUGCAUCCGAAUCGGAUAUUUUCAUUUGGGAUUUAAACAACACCACAACGCCAAUGACACCCGGCACAAAGACACAACCAUUGGAAGACAUUGAAAAUAUUGCAUGGAAUCGACAAGUUCAACAUAUUUUAGCAUCUGUAUUUAGUUCACGGUGUGUUGUUUGGGAUUUACGUAAAAAUGAACCAAUUAUCAAACUAUGCGAUAAACAAUCUCGCGUACGUUUCCGUGCACUUCAGUGGCAUCCAAGCAUUGCCACCCAAUUGUGGCUUGCAUCCGAAGACGAUCAAGCUCCAUACGUUCAAUUGUGGGAUUUACGAUAUGCAACGGCACCAGCAAAGACGCUGAAAAUUCAUGAUCGCGGCAUUCUCGGUUUGUCAUGGUGUUUAAAAGACACCGACCUGAUGGUAUCUUGUGGCAAAGACAAUAAAAUUUUGUGUUGGAAUCCAAAUGUGGAACAAGGUGAUGAAUGUAUAUCAGAAAUUGCGUCAACACUUCAAUGGUAUUCGGAUGUAAUUUGGUGUCCACGUAAUCCAGCUCUGAUAGCCAGUUCGAGUUUAGAUGGAGCCGUUUCAAUUUAUUCACUUUACGGUGGAACACAGCAUCAGGUACAGACUUCAAACAAAAUUGCAGAUUCGUUUCCCGGAAUGGAACACUUUGCACAAGCGCCAACACCACAAGCAACCACACAAAUUGUUUACAAUGAUUUGAAAAAACCACCAAAAUGGAUGAAACAAACAGUCGGCUGUAAAUUUGGUUUUGGCGGAAAGUUGAUCACAUUCGGAAAUGAUGCGAAUGCACCACAUACGGUGAAUAUCAGUCAAGUAACAACCGAACCAGAGCUAGUUGAGCGUUCAAAACAAUUGGAAGAAGUAUUGGGCAACGGCAACUUUAUCGACUACUGUCGCAAACGUGCAGAUGAAAUGAAUGAUCAGCACAAUCGUUAUGUUUGGUACUUUUUGAAGGCGAACUUCGAAGCCGAUCCACACUCAGAAAUGUUGAAUCUAUUAGGUUACAAUGUUGAAGACAUGCGAGGAAAAUUCAGUAAAUACGUUGAGAAGAAUGCGGAUAAUGAAAUCGAUGCCAUUAACACAAGACUCGCCGAACUCAACGAUUCAUCCGACGUUGAGGGUGCGACGUCUAGUUCAACAACAUUCACAAGCACUAACGAUAGCAAUCUAUCGGGUCAAGAUAAUGCGGCAUUUGAUAAUCUUGGAGCGCAAAAGCUGAAAAAUGAUUUGUUGAACAGCAGCGAGGAAAUAUCAUUCAAAAUCCACACUGGAGAAGAUAAUGAGGGUUUAAUUUGUCAAGCACUGUUGACCGGAAACAUUGAAUCGGCUGUUGAGCUGUGCAUCGAGUCGGAUCGUAUGGCUGAUGCCGUAAUCAUUGCUUCAACUGGUGGAUCCGAUCUAUUGGCUCGCACACAAUAUCGUUAUUUAAAGUCAAACCAAGGCUAUUUAUCGAACAUCAUAUCGGCCCUAAUCACCGACGAUUGGUCGUCGGUGAUUUCACAAUGUUCAACCGAAUCAUGGAAAGAGGCCCUGGUUGCAACGCUAACCUAUUGUCGUGAACAUGUUCCUGUGUUGUGUGAACGGCUCGGUGAACGUUUACAGUCGGAGAGUGGAAAUAAUUUGGUUGCAAUUCAAAAUGCAAUCCUGUGCUAUAUUUGUGCCGGAAAUGUUGAACGUUUGGCUGAAUCAUGGUUGACAUCCAAAUCGACAGCGGAUGCAAGCAUCAGCGACGGUGCAACACCGUCGACAAAAGAACUUCAAGAUCUAAUCGAAGUUGUAAUUUUGUUUCAAAAAGCAUUGGAGCUACAGGGUCGAAAUAUCAAUGCAACGGGUAAAUUGGCUGAAUUGUUGUCACAGUAUGCCGGUUUGUUGGCAUCGCAAGGUGCUCUAAAUUCAGCACUCACCUAUUUAGGACCAUCGGAAGCCGUCGAUAUUGUUGAAUUGCGCGAACGACUUUAUUAUACAUUGGGACACAAGCAAGCAUAUUCGACAAGCAUUCGAAGUCAAUCACAAGCCCAAAAUGUCUUCUCAAAAGCGCCAACACCAAACAAGUUUGGUCAACGACCAUCGAUCGGUAACAUUCAACCAAUCGGAGCAUUCAACAAUAAUUUCAGUAAUAACAGUUUCAAUGCAAGUUUUCCGCCGGCCGUCGCACCAACCACAGCCUCACCACCAAUGUGGAAUAAUUCAGUACCAACACAUCCACAAGCUCAACCGCAAUGGAAUUCGACACCAUUUGCACCGCAUAAUGUGGCACAAUCGAAUCCAAUUCUACCACCGGUACAAACAAAACCACCACCCGUUCAACCACCACUAUUGGAUCCAACCACACAACCACCGAGACCAUCGAGCGUUAGCUCACAAGGUUCAGCGCCAGUUACAAGUCGCAGCAAAUACAUUUUGGAUCCAUCCGUUCAAUCGAGUUCUUCCUAUGGUCAACCGACAAAUAUGUAUGCACCGCCGCCAAAUCAGACAUUUGGUGCACCGCAGCAAUCUUCAUUUGGUGCACCACAGCAAUCUUCAUUUGGUGCGCCGCAGCAACCUUCAUUUGGUGCACCACAACAAUCUUCAUUUGGUGCGCCACAGCAACCCGCAUAUGGAACACCAUUCAAUCAACCAUUGACGAAUCAACCAAUUGGAAAUAUGAAUCAAUCGUCAAUAUUAAAUCCGCAACCAGUUAGUUCAUUUGCUCCAGGACUACCACCAAUCGAAUUGGCUCAACCGGCCAUUCAGCAAACGAUUCAGAGAAACCCAACACCACCACCUGGUUGGAAUGAUCCACCAGCUUUGAAAUCAUCUCGUCCCCCGCCAGUAACGCAACCGAUCGAGACAAAUACCAAUGUUAUAUCGCAUCCAUUGUUUGGCAUUGAUUCAAAUCAAAAUCAAAAUGGUUUUAGUGAGGUUCCCGGUGGACAAUUUGUGACGUCACCAAAUGCUCUAUAUCAGGGUGGAUUUAUGACGCCGCAAAUACCUCAACAACAACAACAACAACAACAACAACAGCAGCAAUUGCAACCAGGUGGCAGUUUCCCACAGCAGCAAACUCAAUCGUUUCAAACACAAUUGCCAAACAGUCAACAGCCGCAGCAGCAGCAACAAUUUGCACAGGCGUCUGUUCAACAGCAACAACAACCCGUUGCCACACCAGAGCCAGUUAAACAAAAACCACCGCUUCCCGAGGAGUAUAUUUAUAUGCAAACGGUAUUCAAUGAAUUGCGUACGCAAUGCAGCAACGCAACGGCCAAUCCACAAACGAAGCGUAAAUUGGAUGAUGUUUCGAAGCGGUUGGAGUUUUUGUAUGAUUUAUUGCGUGAAAAUCGGUUAACGCCAAACACAUUGGAUUCGUUGAAUCAACUAGUUCAGCUGGUGCAAAUUGGUGACUAUGCCAAUGGAUUGGGAAUUCAUACACAAAUGGUAUCCGGUCCAGAUUUCUCUCAAAUUGCCAGCUUUAUGCCCGGCAUAAAAGUUCUAUUGCAGACGGCUAUGCAACUUCAAGUUUGUUUAAGAUGAAAAAUGCGCAAAAUCUACUUAACACUCAAUAAUUGCAUGCAUUUAUUAUUUGAAUAUAUUGGAGCAAAAAAAAUUGGUUCAAAACGAACGAAACGUUUAGCACUCGAAAUUGCGACACCCGUCUAUAUAUUAUUUGCGUUUGUUUCGUUAAUAUUUUUAUAUUUCAAUUUUCUAGCAACUCGUAUUCAUUUCUAUGCUGUGUUUAGUGAUUUCAUUUAUUCUUCUAGAGGCGUCAAAGCAAAUUUAUUUACUAAAUCAAUCAAUUUCCAAUAAAUAUUCGUAAAGAAGUAUGAAAAAAAUUGUCAAAUUCAAAUUGUAUGAGAAAACUAUUAUCAAUAAAAUUGUUAAUUUACACAUGAAUCGAAA